AGGCUGCACACACGUGCUCCUAAUUAAGGUAAUUAGCUCUUCCUUGUGUUGCUAACUGUGUUUGUUUGCAGAACUUCAGGCUGUUUAUUCAACAACACCAGCGUGCAGAACAAAAGCAGAGUGAUGUUUUGCUGUCUUAAUAUACUGCCAACUCCACUGCAGAUGUGCAUGGGAAUGUGCCUGCGCCUGGACGUCACAGAGGAGGGCAAAAGGGCCAAACUCCGGAGCUCUAGGAUAGAGCAAGACCUCUGUGAACAUGCCAGGACUGAGAUGAAUGUGAUGAAAAUCCUCAUGCUCGGGGCUGCAGAGAGUGGCAAGAGCACGCUGAUCAGACAGAUUAGGAUAAUCCACAGUCACGGCUUCUCCACACAGGAGCUCAUGAGUUUUAAGCCUGCAGUCCUGGACAACCUGGUGACCUCUGUGAAGAUGGUUCUCCAUGGAAUGGGCAUGCUGAGGAUUAACCUCGCCAACAUGAACAACAAGCGGUACGCCCGCUCCAUCCUGUCCUGCAGUCAGUGUUUGGGAGACGACCAGGAGCUGCUUCCUUUCGUGGCUCACGCCAUCUAUGCGCUUUUGGCCGACCAAGGGGUCCGACUAGCUGCAGCCAGAGGUUACGAGUUUGAGCUGAAUGACUCUGCACUCUACUUCUUUGAGAACAUGAGUCGGAUCAUCGCUCCCAAAUACGUUCCCACCGAGUCAGACGUUCUGAGAGUGAGACUGAGGACCUGUGGCAUCAUCGAGACGCAGUUUCAACUUAAUGAAAUGACUUUUCGGUUGUAUGAUGUCGGCGGCCAGCGGAGUGAGAGGAGGAAGUGGCUUAGCUGCUUUGACAGCAUUCAGGCCGUGUUGUUUGUCGUAGCCCUGAGCAGCUACGAUAUGACGCAGACGGAGGAGUCUCCAGGGAUUCGGCUGCAGGAAAGUCUUGAACUUUUUAGAUCCAUCUGCAACAACACAGUCUUCAGGAGCACCUCGCUGAUCCUCUUUAUGAACAAAACUGACCUUUUCCGGGACAAGAUCCUACACUCUGGAAGACACUUGAGAUUUUACCUCUCCAGUUACACAGGAGCAGAUCGUGACGUGGACGCUGCAGCCCACCACAUCACCGCCAUGUUCUCCUCAUGCAGCAACAGCAGUCCAGACAAACCCGUGUACCACCACUUCACCACGGCCACAGACACCGCUAGCGUGCAGCUGGUCUUCCACAUGGUCAUAGAGCAGGUUCUGAAGGUGAACCUAGCAGCUGUCCAGCUGCUGUAAAAGUCUCAUGUGAAGAUUGUUUAGUCAUUCAGUGCUGGAAUUUUAAUGUUAUCAGUUUUCUUGUUUUUCACAUUUUAAAAUAACUAAUUUAAGCAGCUAAUAAAGUUUAGAUAAUAAAGCUGCACUUUCCCCAAUUUAUUUUAAAUCCUUUUAAAUAAAAUAUUUAUUGAUAUGCCUGGCCCAUACUGUUUAUUUAUUAUAUCUCAUCCCUGUUAUACUGGAUCUUUAGAGUUAGAAUAAAACUUCACCAUGUUUAACAUGCACAUUUA